AUGCGGCCCAUUCUCUUGUCGGGUCACGAGCGUUCGCUCACCCAGGUCAAGUUCAACCGCGAAGGUGACCUUCUCUUCUCGGUCGCAAAGGACCCCACCAUCAAUGCUUGGUUCUCGCACAAUGGCGAGCGUCUCGGCACCUAUGAGGGCCACAACGGUACCGUCUGGACCGUCGACGUAGACUCCACCUCCACUCUUCUUGUCUCUGGCUCCGCCGACAACCAGAUGCGCCUUUGGGAGGUGGCAACCGGCAAGUGCCUCUUCGUCUGGGAGUUCACCACCGCCGCCAAGCGGGUCGCCUUCUCAGAAGACUGCACACAGGUUCUCGUCGUCACAGAACAGCGCAUGGGCUUCCGAGGCUCGUUGCGUGUCUUCCGCAUCAACCGUGACCCUGCCAGCUGGACCCAGCAGGACUCUGAACCUAUUCGCACCAUCACCUUUUCCGGUCCCAAGGCGGUCGUUGCAGCCUUCGCCCCAUGCGACCAGUACAUCGUCACCGGCCAUGAGGACGGCAAGGUCGCACUCUACUACCACGACGACAAGGAGCCCGAGAGCGGAAUCGACGCCGAGCUGGAGGAGAACUCGACCAAGGCACACACCGAGAUCCUUUCGGAUCUUCAGAUGAGCGCCGACCGCACCUACUUUGUCACCUCGUCCCGAGACAAGACGGCGAAGCUCAUCGACUCCAAGACAUUGCAGGUGAUCAAGACAUACGCCACCGAGACACCCUUGAACAGCGCUUCGAUUCACCCCACCAAGCCAUAUGUCAUUGUCGGAGGUGGUCAGGAUGCCAUGAACGUCACCACCACGUCGGCGAGGCAAGGUCGAUUUGAGACCCGAUUCUGGCACAAGGUCUUCGAGGAGGAGUGCGCCCGUCUCCCAGGUCACUUCGGCCCCAUCAACACCAUCGCCAUCCACCCUGCCGGUACCGCAUAUGCGUCAGGUGGUGAGGACGGUUACGUCCGUGUCAACUGGCUCGACCCUGGUUUCUUCAACACCAAGCUCUAUGGCGCUGACCUCGAGCUAGCCCUCGAGGACCAAUAG